UAUUGUUCCGCGGUGCCGCCGCCUGGCCGGGGCUGGUGYCGGCGCCAUCGCUAUCGCCAUGCCGAUCAACAAGCCUGAGAAGCUGGACAAGCCAGAAAGCUGUGACAAUGUCAAGGUGGUUGUUCGCUGCCGGCCUCUCAAUGACCGGGAGAAAGCUACAGGCUACAAAAUGGCAGUGAACGUGGAUGAGAUGAGGGGAACUAUAACUGUCCAUAAAACAGACUCAUCCAAUGAGCCUCCCAAGACAUUCACAUUUGACACCGUGUUUGGACCAGAGAGUAAACAGCUGGAUGUCUAUAAUUUAACRGCAAGACCUAUCAUAGAUUCUGUCUUAGAGGGAUACAAUGGUACUAUUUUUGCAUACGGACAGACGGGAACAGGCAAAACUUUCACCAUGGAAGGGGUGCGAGCAGUUCCUGAGCUCAGAGGCAUCAUUCCCAAUUCCUUUGCCCAUAUAUUUGGUCACAUUGCCAAGGCAGAGGGGGAUACAAGGUUUUUAGUUCGUGUCUCUUACCUGGAAAUUUAUAAUGAGGAAGUGCGGGACCUGCUGGGAAAGGACCAGACGCAGAGGUUAGAGGUGAAAGAGAGGCCUGAUGUGGGAGUUUAUAUCAAAGACCUUUCAGCUUAUGUCGUAAACAAUGCAGAUGAUAUGGACAGAAUCAUGACUCUGGGCCACAAGAACCGUUCUGUUGGUGCCACAAACAUGAAYGAGCACAGCUCUCGCUCGCAUGCCAUCUUCACCAUCACCAUUGAGUGCAGUGAGAAGGGCGUUGAUGGGAACAUGCACGUGCGCAUGGGCAAACUGCACCUCGUUGACCUCGCUGGUUCUGAAAGACAGACAAAAACUGGAGCCACAGGGCARCGACUGAAGGAAGCCACUAAGAUCAACCUCUCUCUCUCUACACUGGGCAAUGUUAUCUCUGCACUGGUGGAUGGCAAGAGCACCCACGUGCCCUACCGUAACUCCAAACUCACACGGCUCCUGCAGGACUCCCUGGGGGGCAACUCCAAAACCAUGAUGUGUGCAAACAUCGGACCAGCAGACUACAACUAUGAUGAGACCAUCAGCACUCUCAGGUAUGCAAACAGAGCCAAGAACAUAAAGAACAAGGCCAGGAUUAAUGAGGAUCCCAAGGAUGCUAUGCUCCGCCAGUUCCAAAAAGAAAUUGAAGAGCUUAAGAAAAAACUGGAAGAAGGGGAAGAGAUCUCUGGUUCUGAGACCAGUGAUUCUGAAGAGGAGGAUGAAGAUGAAGAUGGAGAGAUCGGAGAGGAGAAGCGGAAGAAACGGCGGGGCAAAAAGAAAGUUUCCCCUGAUAAGAUGGUAGAGAUGCAAGCAAAGAUUGAAGAGGAGAGAAAAGCUCUUGAAACUAAGCUUGAUAUGGAAGAAGAAGAAAGAAAUAAAGCCAGAGCUGAAUUGGAGAAGAGAGAAAAAGACUUGCUCAAAGCUCAGCAAGAACACCAGUCCUUGUUGGAGAAGCUGUCUGCACUGGAGAAAAAGGUGAUUGUGGGAGGAGUGGACUUGCUGGCAAAAGCAGAGGAGCAAGAGAAGCUUCUAGAAGAAUCAAACAUGGAACUGGAAGAACGAAGGAAGAGAGCAGAGCAGCUUCGCAAGGAGCUUGAGGAGAAAGAGCAAGAACGCUUGGACAUCGAGGAGAAGUACACCAACCUCCAGGAGGAAGCACAAGGRAAAACCAAAAAGCUGAAGAAAGUUUGGACCAUGCUUAUGGCUGCAAAGUCAGAGAUGGCAGAUCUGCAACAAGAGCAUCAGAGAGAGAUUGAAGGAUUGCUGGAGAACAUUCGGCAGCUGAGCAGGGAACUUCGUCUUCAGAUUCUCAUCAUAGACAACUUCAUUCCUCAGGACUACCAGGAAAUGAUUGAGAACUACGUUCACUGGAACGAAGACAUUGGAGAAUGGCAGCUGAAAUGUGUUGCAUAUACAGGAAACAAUAUGAGGAAACAGACACCUGUCCUGGAUAAAAAAGAGAAAGAUCCCUUUGAAGUGGACCUUUCCCAUGUUUACUUAGCUUACACUGAAGAAAGCUUGAGRCAAUCUCUGAUGAAGCUGGAGAGGCCAAGGACUUCAAAAGGAAGAUCCAGGCCCAAGACGGGUAGAAGAAAACGUUCGGCCAAGCCAGGAGCUGUCAUUGAUUCCCUGCUGCAGUAGUGUGACCUGGUCAGAAUUCCUGUAAAAAUCAGUGAGUGUAUAAGGUUUGGCCAGAAUAUGGAAUAUGAGAGAUGGCACAGUUUGACAUGGCUAUAAUUUUUUAUUUAAAAAARCAUAUUUUUCCUUAGUUGCCUGUAUAUUGUAUGUUAUAUUAACAUAAUAUUAAAUUGGUAUAUAAGGUUGAUGGUUGUGAAAUUCCAUGUGCUAAAUGUGUUGUGCAGGGAAACUUGUUGGCAAUCCUUGUUGAAAUAGAGAAUAAGGGUUUUAGAUGUGUGUUUAAGUGCUAGACAUGUUAGUUCAAAACAGUUAAUGAAAUCCUAAAAUUAAGGCUGGUAAAUCUGACUUAUGCCCUGCUUUGCACAUAACUGGCAGCUUUCACUGUUGUCCUCUGUUGCACUGAUCUGUGUUUGAAUGUUGUUGCUGCAAACCUUUAAGAGCAUCAAAUCUUUUUAUUUAAUAUUCCUCCCUGUGGCUGUUAACCUGAUCAUGUUGUGUAUCAAAUACACAGUCCUGUUCCCUGUUUGCUGUCUUGCUGUACAGAGAAAGUAGCUGGGUAGGAAAAACAUGAACCACAAAAGUCUGAGACUUCUGAAAAGGGACCAUGUUCUGUUUCAGUGCAGCAGAAAUCAAGACUGUCUAGUAGUGCUUUUAUUUUUAUCACUUUUUUUUUGUGAUCUGCUGGCACUGUGGAGAAUGAGACCUUGGAUAUGAAGGCAAAAGAGAGCUUUUUUCCUUCUUUUAAGGCUGUGUUACUUUGGCUGCUUUUUAUGCUUCAGGGCCGGAAUUUUUGUGAGUAGCUUGUAAUGUGAACAGCAGAGUUGAUGGAAGGGGGAUWCUAUAACAGCAGGACUUAGUGUCAGCCAUGGGGCUGUCAACACUGUGGCUCCAUUUCCUCAUCCCUGGCUAUCAGGCACAGAGCCACUGCUCUACACUGAGGAUGAAUCUGACUCUCCUUCAGUUAAACAGAAUGCCCAGUUUUCCCAGAACAAUACCCCCUGAAAUAGCAGGUGCUGUCUAUAUUCCUAUGUAGACUGUGUGCAUCUCUGGAUGUGCUCUGAGAGGAAAGAAAUUCUAGUUUCUGAUAAUAACCAUUUAUUUGUGAUAGCUGCUCUUUUUCUUUGAUAUUUAUGCUGCUAAUAGACACAUAUCACUUUAAUAUGUUGCUUUUAUGUCCCAGAAAAUGCAUCUUCUUCGAACUGUGUGUUUUAUAACUCAUCACAUCAGCUGUGGGUAUCUCAGCAGCUCCUGUGCCAGGGUGGGGGGGAUGAGCUGUGACCUCCCUGUCAUCUUUGUGUCACCUGGAGGACUGAAAGCUGUGACUACUGACAGGAGAAAUGGAGUCCUUCAGUGUGACAGAAAACAAGAUAGCUUCUCAGGUGUCUUGAGUCCUUGCUAGUAGCCACAUCUGCUCUUAGCAGAAUGUUCCUGUGAAGUCCUUAGASAAGUUAAAUGCCCUUUCUUCCUGUCAUGAUGCUUGUCUGGGUAUCUGUGACAGGAUAUGUUGUAGUUAAAACUGGUCUUGCAAGGACAUACUUUUCUCUGAAGGAUAUACCUAGUGUUGUUCUAAACGAGUUGUAAGCUUUUUCCUGUUAUUUCUAACGUUUUUAUUUUCAGGAUCAUGACCUGGAAGARCAUACUACCCUCUCUGUUGGGGGGGGUGUCACCUAAAUUCAUACAGAUACAAACACUGACAUUUGUUUUUUCUAGCGUAGCACUUAGAGGUAAAUGCUCAGAAACUUUCUUGAUYGACUCUGUAGUUGGUUUUGCCUGUGAAGAGCUAACCUUAUUUUGAAGGUGCUUGAAUAGAGCUGGAUUAUCUCUUAUUACAUACUUCUCAUUGAAAAAUCCAGACUGAAAAUGGCUUAAAUGCUGUUUAAAGUCUUGUGUCAGUGCUGAGCCCAAGCAGAUAGGUGCACAGCUGUGGCCUGURCUAAUUCCCAGAACCAGGGAUAACUUCUCUUUGCUUUUUGUGUUACAUCUUAUGCUAAUAUUUAUUGAAUGGUCUGGUUUUAAGGGAGUUAAACCACAACUAUGCUCUCAAAAAGACCAUUGAAAAUCCUUUUACCUGACAGACACCAGUGGCUUCAAGAUACCACUGUGAACCAUGGCACUGCGUUUAAAAUAUUUAAAUAUUUAAAGUAUUUAAAACUUAAAAGGCAUAUGCUUUACAUUUAACAUAACAGUACUGCUGCUGGAAACAAUAGUACUCUGCAUAUUUAGGUGAGCCUUGGGGCAGGGAAAACAAUAAAUAAUUGCUUGCACACCUUUAAUUGGCUGAUUGGAGAAACUGGUUAUCUCCUGUUACAGAGGCUUGGAGAACAAAUUAUCUGCUCURUAAGAGGACUUUAUUUAAACUCUUGUGGUCAUGUGCCCUAUCAGCUUGGCUCACCUGUUAAUUGGUGUGUUUUAUUGAAGUUCUGGGAAGUUUCUUGUAAAACCAGGGAGGCUGGCUUAGAGAUUUACUACAUGGGUCCUCCCUGUAGCCCUGGCUGAUCUGUGAAUGUCUAAUGGACCCAUAAUUUGUUUUAAUGAGGAAAAAGUUUGGUUUAUAUGGACUUUAAAGAGCUUAAUUCAGCCUUUCUUGUUCCAGGUCAGUAUGUGCUCUAUGGUAUUUAUCAAAACUCCUGUAACAUAACGUAUACUGUGUGUGCUCAUCUUUGCAUCUUGCUACCAGAAGAUUCUCUUCAUUCCAGAACACUGACCGUAACAGUGAGAUUUUUGCUUUAUGUUGUUUAAUGUUGUGUAAAUUAAUUAUUUCAUAUUUAACUUGUUCCUGAUCCUUUAAGAGGAGGGGAAAUGGUCCUUAGUGCCUUUCACUGACUACACUCUCUGCACAUGUCCAACUUUCACCUUUCUCCACAGUUCUGCUUAGCCAGGCCUGUAUAGAGGGAAAAACUGCUAGUCUGUUUGUAUAAUUUGUCUUCCUAUUUAUUGGUUUUCUAACUCUGUUUAUUUCUGACUAUUCCUUGUUUUAUUAAAGUUAAUUCAUUAUACUGUAUAUAUCAAUAUUGUGUCCCUGGAGCAUGUUCAUACCAUGAAAUAAAAUUCUUGAUUCCUAAUUCCACGCUCUGUGCAUGU